GUAAAAGUUAAUUAACCACUCAGUGUCUGUCUGCCUGUCUGGCGGCUGUCUGAAGAACUCUGCUACACCAUGGACGAUAUUUUCACUUUAGUCAAAGAAGGUAAUUCGAUCCAAGUUCGAAUUUGGCUUGAUAACACAGCUAACGAUCUAAACCAAGGAGAUGACCAUCAAUUUAGUCUUUUGCAUUGGGCUGCAAAGGAGGGCCGCCUCAAUAUCGUGGAUAUGCUAAUUGCACGAGGAGCACGUAUCAAUGCCACAAACAUGGGUGAUGAUACUGCUCUACAUCUUGCUUGUAGUCACGGACAAAAAGAAAUUGCUAUGAGGUUGAUGCAAAACAAAGCCAAUAUAAAUGCAAUUAAUGAACAUGGAAACACACCUUUACACUAUGCUUGUUUCUGGAACUAUGGUGAUAUUUCACAGGAUCUUCUUAAUAUGGGAGCCCAGUUAGGCAUUGCAAAUAUCUUUGAUGAAACACCUUUGGAUAAAGCAAGACCAGCUCUCAGACAACUUUUAAAAGACCGUGCUGUCGAAUUAGCUCGAGAUCUAAAGAAGAUUCCUUUCAAAGAUCGAAGUUGGCUUGGUAGUAAAACCCGCAGUCGAGAUGCUACAUUAUCCAGAUACACUGGUAUUAAGUGUUCGCAACUGAAACUUGCACAUGUUCUUGCCAACACCCAUUCAGGACGUACAUUGCAAGGUGUUUGGCAGGGGAGUGAAAUUGUGGCCAAAGAAUUAAAACUGAGAGAGUGUACUUUAAGAAUGUCUCGUGAUUUUCAAGAAGAAUUUCCUCGAUUAAGGAUAUUCAACCAUGCCAAUAUUCUACCUGUUUUGGCCUGUUGUAAUGAACGUCCUAACUUGGUCGUUAUUAGUCAGUAUAUGGUCCAUGGAUCACUGUAUAAUGUCCUUCAUGGAGAAACAGAUAUUGUUGUUGAUCAAAACCAAGCAUUGAGAUUUGCUCUGGAUAUUGCAAGAGGUGUGGAAUUUCUUCACUCCAUGGAACCCAUGAUACCAAAUAUUGCUCUUAACAGCAAACACGUCAUGAUUGAUGAAGACCUGGCUAAGAUAAAUAUCGAUGAUCCUAAGUAUUCUGCUCGGGAUGUCGCAAUCAAUGGGAUAGACGAAGAUCUUACAGCAAGAAUUAAUAUGGCAGAUUACCGUUUCUCAUUCCAUGAGAAGGGGAAGAUUUACUCACCAGCAUGGAUGGCACCAGAAGCUCUGCAGAAAAAACCUGAAGAGAUGAAUGUAAAGGCUGCAGACAUGUGGAGUUAUGCUAUUCUAUUGUGGGAAAUGGAGACAAGAGAAGUGCCAUUUGCAGACCUUUCGCCAAUGGAAAUUGGAAUGAAGAUUACUCUGGAAGAUUUAAGAAUCAAAAUUCCACCAGGAAUAUCUUCACACAUGAGUACACUCUUGAAGAUCUGCAUGAACGAAGAACCAGGCCGCCGCCCUAAGUUUGACAUGAUUAUUCCUAUCUUGGAAAAGAUGCGACAUUCUAGUUAGACAACAAACACUUUGUCAUAUAUUUUAGAAAAUUAUUAUUCUGAUAGGGAAACAUUAAUUUUUCUGAAAUUAUUAUUGUUGUUGUUAUUAUUAUUAUUAUUAUUAUUAUUAUUAUUAUUAUUAUUAUUAUUAUUAUUAUAAUUAAUUAAAUAUUGUCAUACAUGAAUUGAGAACUAUAUAUAUAUAUAUAUAUAUAUAUAUAUAUAUAUAUAACUAAAAAGAAUUAUCUAUAUACUUUAUGUUUUAUCUACACCCUUAUAUAUUAUAUUACUGCUUUUGAGAAAAUAUUUACAACCAGAAAGAGAUUUUAUAGAGAUAUGUUGAUAUUGAUGUAUAUAAACUGAUACUAAACAAAUGUUGCUAAUUACAACACAGUUGCUAAUUACAGCACAACAGGACUAAAUUUUACUAAUUCUAUAAUUGUGAUUGAUUGCAAUCCAUAUAUUAAUUAAUUAUUCUGGUUUUUUAAUUAUUAUUUUAAAGUCUUAUAGAUCUUAUAUUUAAACUAAAAAAAAAUUUUAAUAUUAUAAAAAAAUUGUUAAAUACAAUUAUUAAAAAUGUCAUCAAAUUAUAAAAGAAUUACUGACAUAUUUAAACUUAAAUUUUUAAAAUGAUUAGUUUUACCUUUAGAAAUGUAAGUGCUGCUUCUUUUAAUUCAGUUGGAAAGGUUUGUUUUUUAAAUUCACACACAUUCAUUUUAUUUGAUGGCUUCAAUCUGGUGUAAAAACUCAACUUCAAUUACAUGAAGAAAUCCAAAUACAUCUUGUUUUCUUUCAUUUGUACACUCAGACACACAUGCACACUUACAUUUUACACAUGCUUCCCGAAAAUUACUUAUUUUAAUCUGGAACCUUCCUUCCACAAUGUUCCAAAUUGGUAAUUCAUUCUUAAUCUGAAACACUCUGGAAAAUGAUUCAAAUCGAUAUGAAUACAACAUAAAUAAAAGUGGUAAUAAAAAUUUUCUUCCCCUCUUAACAUUACCUCUUUAUUUUUUUAGUUAAUUAAUUAAUAUCUCACCUUUCUUAAAGAAAAAAAUUCUAUCUAAAAAAGUAUUUUAAAUUUAACUAAAAGAAAACUAAAAGCCUUUUUCCUCUGCAUUUCAUAAAUCUUUCCUUUGAAUCAUUUAUUUUUCAUUAAUUUUAAAUUUUAAGCAUGUUAUUUAAAGCAAUUUAAAUUUCAAAGAAAGUGAAAAAACUUUAAAAAGAGAAAAAGCAUUUAUUUAAUUAAUAGCCAUGUUAUUUUUCAUGUUUUUUAGAUUUUUUUUAUUUAUUUGCUAUUGUUUCAUUAAUUUUAAUAAAGAUAUUUUUAUCAAAUGCUAGCUUUUAAAACUAUUUUUUAUUCUAAUUAUUUCCUUAAUAGUAGUUUUUAAUUGUUAUGAAACUUAAACCAGUUUUUCUUUUUUUGUUUUUUAACCCUAUUUAACCAUUUUCGAUAUCCAAUUAAGACCACCCUUGGUCUUGUAAUAUAAACCUACCUGAAACCGCCCAUAUUAUAGUCUCCAUUUUGAAAUCAAAAUCUCGUUAUUGAAAUAUAUCAGUCGGUAAAUGUUCAUAAUAUAAGAAGCAUUUACAAAAUUUUAUUUCAAUAUUUAAAUAAAUUAGUUAAAUAUUUUACUAAACAGUUCCUUAAUGCUUUAUUAUUAUUUAAUUUUAUUUCUUAAAAUGUCUCAAAACACAUAGCACUGUAUUUUUAUUAGAAAUGCUGUAAUAGAAGAAUUAAAGGUUAUUUGCUCUGAUUAAUUAUUUUCUGCUGCUGUAACACUCGUACAGAGCUUAACCAAUUCCUAUUGUAGAUUUGAAAUUAAACAUUUGACAAGAUUUCCUAUCAAUAUUUUGUGCCUUAUUGCUACCAAAAUAUACUUUGGCUAGUACAUGUCUUGGAUUUAGACUUCAUGACAAUGCUUUUCAUUUAGUUGGUAGGUAAAAAAAAAUUUUAAAAAACAAAAAAACAUAACAAUGGUGCCAAGUUACAUUUGGAAUAUAAUUUUACAAUUCAUUCUAAGACUGAGAUGUGGAACCUUAAAAAUAAGUCAUGAUCUCUUUUUAUACUCUUUUUUUUUUUUUUGGCUUAAUAAGUGAUCUGUCAAAGUGAUCAAUUUAGUCAGAAUGUGAUGACAACAUCGACAGCAACAAAAUGAUCAAGUUGAUAAA